AUGACGCAAGGUGCCACAGCGAAAUGGGAUGCGCGCUACUUGGGCACGGUACCACACGAUACCUCUUACUAUGCCAAGGGCUUUGUUGGCGGCGCUCUGGCGUGUGGCCUUACGCACGCCGCCAUCACCCCGCUCGAUGUAGCAAAGUGCAACAUGCAGGUCAACCCAGCUAAGUACAAGGGCACCUUCUCCGCCUUGCGCAUGAUCGCCGCGGAAGAGGGCUCCGGCCUGAUCUGGAAAGGCCUCGGCCCUACCCUCGUCGGCUACUCCUUCCAAGGGAUGUUCAAGUACGGCCUGUACGAGAUCUUCAAGGAUCAGUACAUGAAUCUUGCUGGCCAGGAGGCUACCGAGAAAUACAAGGGUCUUAUUUGGUGUGCGGGUUCGGCGUCGGCCGAGGUUAUCGCAGACAUCGCACUCUGUCCGUUCGAGAUGGCCAAGGUCAAGAUUCAGACGAGUCCGUCGGGGACAUUCCCCGUCGGAUUUGGGCCCGCUAUGGCGCAAAUGAAGGCGCUCAAGGCGGAGACGCGCUUCCCCUUUGGGUCGCUUGUGCCACUGUGGUCGCGCCAGAUCCCGUACACGAUGGCCAAGUUCUACUUCUUCGAGAAGAUCGUCCAGAUGUUCUACACGCACGUCUUCACCGCCCCGAAAGACACCUACAACCAGCCCACCCAGCUCGGCAUCACCUUCGCCUCGGGAUACAUUGCCGGCGUCGUCUGCGCUCUCGUCUCGCACCCUGCUGACUCACUUGUCUCUCAAAUGGGAAAGACAGACAACAAGGGCAAGGGCGUAAGCCAAAUUGUGUCGGAAGUUGGCUUCGGAAACCUUGCCACGAAGGGGUUGGGGACGCGUGUGGUCAUGAUUGGCACGCUAACUGGCUUCCAGUGGUGGAUCUUCGACUCGUUCAAGAUGGCCAUGGGCAUGGGGACGACCGGCGGCAAAUGA